AUGUCUCAAUUCCCUACCAGAAACGUUGGUGUCUUGGGCUGCACCGGCUCCGUCGGCCAGCGCUUCAUCUUGCUGCUCCAGAACCACCCCGUCCUGAAGCUCGUCGCUGUCGGCGCCUCCUCCCGCUCCGCUGGCAAGAAGUACCGCGAUGCCGUCCGCUGGAAGCAAUCCACCCCCAUCUCCCCCGAGUUCGGUGACCUAGUCGUCCGCGAGUGCAAGGCCAGCGAGUUUGCCGACUGCGACAUUGUCUUCAGCGGCCUCGACAGCGAUGUCGCCGGCGAUGUCGAGAAGGAGUUCCAGCACGCCAACAUUGCCGUCUUCUCCAACGCAAAGAACUACAGACGCGACCCGCUCGUGCCCCUCGUCGUCCCGACCGUCAACCUCAACCAUCUCGACCUGAUCCCCCACCAGCGCAAGAUCCUCGGCCUCGACAAGGGCUUCCUGGUAUGCAACAGCAACUGCGCCGUCAUCGGCCUCGUCGCCCCCUUUGCCGCCCUCCAGGCGCGUUUCGGCAAGAUCGAUAACGUAUCCGUCGUUACCAUGCAGGCUGUCUCGGGUGCUGGAUACCCUGGUGUCAGCAGCAUGGACAUCAUUGAUAACGUCGUGCCCUUCAUUUCGGGCGAGGAGGACAAGCUGGAGACCGAGGCCCAGAAGAUCCUGGGUUCUCUCAAUGCCGACGCCACUGCGUUCGAGGACCAGAAGGAGCUCCGGGUGUCGGCAGCCUGCAACCGUGUUCCUGUCUUGGACGGCCACACCGCCUGCGUCUCGCUGCGUUUCGCCCAACGCCCGCCCCCGUCUGCCGAGGAGGUCAAAGACGCCCUGCGCAGCUACGUUUCUGAUGCUCAAAAUCUGGGAUGUCCCUCGGCCCCCAAGCCCCCUAUCAAGGUCUUUGACGAGGCCGACAGGCCCCAGCCCCGUCUUGACCGUGAUCUCUGCAAGGGAUACACUGUCAGCGUUGGUCGGGUCAGAGAGGACGACAGCGGCAUCUUUGAUAUCAAGUUUGUUGCCUUGAGCCACAACACUGUUAUUGGAGCUGCUGGUUCCUCCAUCCUUAAUGCUGAGGCUGCCAUCUUCAAGGGCCUCAUCUAA